AUGCUCCUCCCACUCCCCUCCUUCACAAUCCUAGCCCUCUCCCUCCUCCUCGCAAACCUAGUAACAAGCACAACCAUCGAUAAAGACGAACCUCAACUCUUCUCCAACGUCUCGCGCCUAAACACAGACGAUGCCUUCUCCCUCUUCGGCGAGAACCCAAGUCUCAACACACGCGAGCUAACAUGCGGAAUCGGCUACGCUGAAUGCCAAUACGACACAAGCCGCUGCUGUAGUAUCGGCAAGAAGUGCUGUGGCAAUGGGUUCUGCGCGACGAUUGGCGAGACCUGCUGCACAGACGGCGGAACAUGUCCUAUUGGAUUUAAGUGUUGUGAGGGGACGGAUGGGUGUGCGCCGCUCGGUGGAGAAUGUUGUUCGGAUGGGUACUAUUGCCGUGUUGGGAAGAAGUGUCGGAUCUGGAAGGGGGAGAAGGUUUGCUGUAGUUCGUUGAAUGGGUGUAUUGGGGAGAAUGACGGGGUUGGAUCUGAUGAUGGGAUUGGGUCUGGGGAUACGCUUACAGCGGAUGUUACGUCGACGACUACCACGGAGGCGACGACUACGACUUAUGUUCGGGUUGAUUGGGAUUAUUAUUAUACGACUAUCUACUGGACUUAUUGGUUCUAUUACUGGACUUCUUUUGCUCCGUACACUGUUCAGACAGUUACUUCUACCAGGACGAGUACUCGCACUGUCUGGUCUGUUUAUGCGACGAAUAGUGCGGUGGCGACGUCUUCGCUCGAGGAUAGGUCGUCUAGUUAUACCUACUUCCCUCCUUACUCGGCGACUUCACUUAAAAGCUCGUCGGAGCCUGUUACGUUGUCGACGAGUGCUACUGCUACUGCUCGAGCUGCGAAUGAUGUAACAGAUGAAAUAACUGGGGGGGCUUCAUUGGAUCCAGGCGUUGGUGCUGCAGUGAGUGUGGGAGUUAGUGGGACUGGCAUCCUGGCUGCUGUCUUGGUUGCUGUGGUUGGCGGUUUGGCCUUUGGGCUGUAA